CUUAGCCAUGAACCCCCUGAGUUAUUCUUUAUUUAUUUGCAUAAUUAUUUCAUGUUUGGACUUUCUGACAGCGUAUUAUGGACCACAUGUAUGCUCCAGAAAUGUGCGAAGAUCAAGAACCGCAUACACGAGGUGUGGAUUUUGGGGAUGGGAACGAUGCAGAAGAACUGUUUACUACUGGGGAACCGACGAGUAUUGCUGUCCAGGCUGGACGACGAACAACUAUGUAACCUGCAGCAUCCCAAUAUGCAGUGUACCUUGCUAUAACGGAGGGACCUGUAUUGCCCCAGACAGAUGUCAAUGUCUUCCUUCCUACGAUGACGGGGGAAACUGUACGAAUGUCCAAUGCUCACACCUACACCCGUGUUACCCUGGGGUCUGCGCAUCGGCAAUCAGCUGUAGUUGUAUAGAUGGAUUUGAAGGACCAAGCUGUCUGUCUUUUACGAGCGGAAAGAACAUACCAGGUUUGCUUUCAUGCGAUGUUACUUUGAGAGAUGACAGAAGAACCGAUUUGAAGAACCUUUUUUACAUGAAUGCGCCGUGUGCUACAACCGAUGGGCCGGUCUGGAGUAACCAGGAAAACAUUAACUAUGUCAAUAUUCAACUUCAAGCCAUUUAUGAACCGAUGAAUGCGACCUUCCCCUCGGAAAAUUAUGUUUCAAGUUCGGGUUUUGGAAUCGUGUCAAGCAAUGCUCGUAUCGUCCAUAAGAAAGUCAACAAGAACAAAACCGGCAUUCCUCUCGAAGUUUAUGAUCACACGUUCAGUUGCAAUGAAGUCUCAAACACAAAGCCUUUGUUUGAUGUGAAUUGCACCCUAACACAAAGAGACAACAUAUACAGUAUUGAACAUGGAGACAACCUUACCGUGACGUUCAACGUAAAGAGUGGUGGGUUUCGGCAGUUGCGGAACAUAAACACAUAUUCGAAUUACACUACCGAUGAGUUUAAAGGUCAUACAGUGUCGAAAACAAUAGAGUUUAAAUUUGACUUUGAAGCUCCGAAGCAUUGCUCAGAAGAAGAAUCCGGAAAAUCUUGUAUGAAGGGACAAGAACCAAUUUCAAUCUAUGAAGAUCUUACAAAGAAACCUAUACGACCACGGUGGUCGGGAUGGUAUGACGACCACUCUGGGCUCCUUGAAUACAGACUUGAGGCAUAUCACCUUGAGCCAAACAUUCAUGGCGAGCUCAUUGAACUACAUCCACUCUCUCCUGUUUUCACGUACACUGAAAACAAAACAAACAACGUAACAUUUCCGACCUUCACCCCGAAGCAUUCAGGGAUGUUUUCGAUCUUACUCACAACCGCCGAUAUGGUUUACAAUACAAAGAUUGCAAGGCGCCUUGUAUUGUACGACAACUCGUCUGAAAUAACACUAACAAAACCUGGCCUUUCAGCAAAAAUGCCAGACUCUGAAGAUAUUGAAAAUAUGGUUUUCGGCGACGGUGGGUUAUAUAUUGUCAGUGCUAUAAAGGAGACUGGAUACAUGUGGCAAACAUCGGAAAAUGGGUCACAAUCACGGAUUGAAAUCAAUUGGAACAAUCACUUUGUUAAUAAACUAUACGACAAAGGGAAAUUGCUGAAUAAAGUAUUACCUUAUCCUACACAAUUUCUAGACUUGGAAGAUGAUGGAGUUCUGAGGAGCAAAAAAUUUGUUGCUUUGGAUGACAAAGAGGGCGAUAGAACAUUGAAAGCGAUACGAAACAAACAUGGAAUAGUAAAAUUUGAGCUAAAUCGUGUUUAUACUGAUGAUAAGAAGAUUCCAGUGACAGAAUGGGAGCCUUUACCACUGGAGGAAAGUUAUGUUAUCUCUGAGCAUCUUGACGAUGGGAGUCAAGUCAGGAUUUGGCUGCGUGCAACUGAUGUCAUGAACAAUACAGCUGUUGAUUAUACUGAGGUUCAUGUUGACAACACACCACCGAGAAUCUCAGAUCAGCGUCUUGAGAAAAACAUUAUAAAUGGGACAUAUUCGCACACAUCGAGAGUCACAUUUCAAGCUUCGGACGAUGGAAGUGGUGUCCAUAAGUUGCAAUUGACUCUUUAUGUCGGAAACAGUACUACACCGAAGAAAAUACACUCGGUCCCAGCAAAUAAAAACGACACUUCCGGAAUUUGUGACAUAGACCCAUCGUGCAACUGUGUUCUGGAUGUAUGUUACCGCAUCCAACAAAUGAUUGACUUGGAUAACUGUUGGUUUCUUGUCCCCAAAGAAGAUCUCAAUAAAUCGGGAACUUUACAAGUAACGACGUUCAACCAGGCCUUACUUACAAGAACGUUCAACUUGACGAUUGACCAUCUAAAUGAAUUAAAUGGACUUGGAGAAAAUUUCGCACCAAAGAACAUACGAAUUGAUGAGAGAUUGUCAGAUCGAGUACGCAUUGCUUGGGAUACAAGAGAAACACCGUCAUGCUUCGGGAAGGUGGAAAAAGUGUUCGUCGUCCAUCUUGGCAACGGACAAACUAGAUCGAUACAGGUUAACAGCGAGCAGACGUCAGUUGACAUCGUGGGGUUGGAUCCAGACGAAAUGUACUGGAUGUCGCUACGAUUUAGACAUAACGGGACCGACCUGGCCUUUCUUUCAUACGCAUUCAAAACUGGUGGUAUGAGGUCAUGACGCAAUGUUGGCAAGCCAACCCAGAGUAACGGCCGAUAUUCAAAACCAUCAGAGGAGAACUGGACGAAAUGUUUGUGGCCGCCCCUCAAGGCGACUACUACAUCUAUAGAAAAUAGUAAUUGACGACCCGAACAGGUGACAGAGUUUUUAUAUUGGACAAAUGUGUGGGGUUGCAGACAUUGUUUUUAUCAUACACAUUUAUUAGUAAUACUUUGUCUAUUACAAAUCCCAUGGUUUCAUAUGCAAAAUUGUGUCAUGUUGGGGGUAUUCACGUCAACGAUGUAAACACAAUUAUAUAAAAAAGAAAUUACGGAUAACACUGUGUAAAAUAUUAUUUUUAAAUUAUUUGCAACAUUUUAAUUCUCAGCCUAUGGGGCACAAUGCAUUGCAAAAAAAUAAAAUAAAAAAAAAUGUCAUGUUUUCCCUAGCAGAACACAACUUUGCUGAUAACGUCACAUGUAAUUUAUUCCUUUUUAUGCUGUAGACAAGCAACUUCAAAUAAUUAUAAUUGACCAUAAGACUAUUGAAUAAAUUGUAUAUAUGUAGUAUUACUUUCAAAAUGUUGCGAUGUGCAUUGGAAUGAUGGUAGACAUGUAAUGCUAUGUAUACCAAUUAAUAUUUUAUCAUCGUUUCACAUUUAAGUAAAAAAGUAGAGUUUGUGCAGUUUAAAAAUCCAACUAAAAAUACUAAUAAUUGACCGUACAAAUAUUAAGUAGAUUAUAUAUUGUUAUAUAGUAUUUUCACAUAUAUCUUGCUGUACAACUUGGACUUAUAGUAGACAUGCAAUGUUUCGUAUUCCAUGCAAAUAUUAUCCUUGUUUCAUAUUUGAGAAGGUUAUUUUCAUUCAUGAAGUUGACGGAAACUUACCGACAAUAAUAUUUUGACAAUACAAAAAUUUUUAGUAUUAAAUACAUCUUGUGGCUUACAUUAUUAUUAUUAUUGCAGACAUGUAAUGCUUCGUAUAUCAAUUCUUAUAUUAUCAUUGUUUUAUAUUUGAGAAAAUGAAUAUCAUUUAUGAACUUGACGGGCAAUUGCAGCAGACAUGUAAUGCGUUGUAUAUCAAUCUUUUAUACAUGUAUUAUGAUUGUAUCAUAUUUGAGAAGAUGAGUAUCAUUUAUGAAGUUGACGGAAAAUUACAGUCAAUAAUAUUUUGACAAUACAAAUAUUGA